AUGAGUAAUGAGCGUUCAGAUCAGACCUCUGGACGUGAGCACCAUGCUCGCUUUGCUGAAGAAGAAGUUCAUGAGCAGCGAUAUGUGGUUCCAUCACUACAGAUCCCAGAAGAUAGCUCGACAAGUGGCGCAGCCGAGGCAGAAAUACCUUUAGUUAAGUUGGUAGAAACAGUAGUACCAGAUGUUGAAGUUAAGGAAGUAGUGAGAACAGUUCCACGUAUAGUUCCUGAAUUUAGAGAGAAGGUUGUGGAGGUUCCGGUAAUUAAAACAGUGGAAAAAAUCAUUGAGGAUCCUGUUGUAAGGUACAAUGUGAAGUACGUUCCAAAAGAAGAAAUUGUUGAAAAGGUUGUGACAAAGCCCGUUGUGGAGUAUAAGACGGUUGAAAAGAUUGUGGAAAAAGUAACAUAUGUUGAGGAACCAGAAAAACCUUUUAUUAAUGCUCCUGAAUCACUCCCAAUUUUCCCUCCAAACCCUGUUGAGAUUGAUGAGAAUACUGUUGUUAAUAUUACAAGAGUAGCAGUGGGAGAUGCUGUUCCAUCUUUGAUUGAACUCCCUGUGCCAUAUAUGGUCCCAAAACCCUUUGUUGUUCCAGUACAUGUUCCAGUUUUGGAAUUCCGUGAUCACUUUGUUCCUAUUCCAGUAAGAAAGCGAGUAGUCCCGAAGUUUAAGAUGACUGAGGAAGUAUAUGAGGUAGAAUGUGUUAGAGAAGUUCCUUACUUUGUUUAUGAAGACAUUAUUAAACCUGUACCAGUUGAUGUUGAAUUCGGGAAGAGAGAAAGAGAAAUGGAUGUUCAUUUAAUGAACCCUGCAGAAUUAUCACAGGCAGAUUUCCAUGCAAUGUGGAUGAGAGUUAAUGCAGACUUGUUAGAAGAAAGAAGAAUUUUGGUAGGUGAGAUGGAAAUAGAUAGAAUGAUUACACCAUAUCGUGAGGCAAUGGAUGGAAUAGAUUCCAAUCAGGAACCGAGUUUAGAACGCAUGCAGAGCUUUGAGAGACAAAUGAAUCUGCAAAGACAAUUAUGGGAUCCAUUACCAAUGUCUCCAGGAAAUCCAUUAAUGAUGACAUACCUACAAAACCAAUGGAUUCUUACACCUACGAUUCAAACUCAAGAAAUGUAUACUCAAGAAUUCUUUAUGUUGCAACAACAAGCUGUAUAUAAUUUGGUAACUGGUGCUCCUCAACAAGUUAACUUGGCGCCACACCAGAUCUCGCUAUGUGGUUGUGAGGCUGCUGCUGGAGUUGUUGAUAUUGAGUCACUUCCUUCUGGAGCUCAGAACCUAAUUAGAGGACUUGAAUCUAAAGAGGUUGUGAAUGUUGAUACAUUAGGUCCAAUGGAUCAGACACCUAUUGUCACUUAUCCAGUUCAACAAUGUAUUCCAAUGGCAGUUUUAGGUGCUGCUCCACUCAGUAUGCCAAAGGAUAUUGUUCCAAUAAAGCCCGAGGCUAUUGAAGCAUCGCAUCAGGAUGGUUUCUCGAUAACUUCGAUGUGUUGUAAUGCAAGUGAAAAUCCAAAAGAAGAAACUAAUUCCGAAAACUUGGACCAGUGA